AUGAUUUUAAUUUUCGUGACUAGAGUUAAUUCUUCACUUGAUAUUUUUCCCAUCGGCGCCUCAACAAUUCCGUAUGAGUAUCGAUUAAGAUUUAAAAACCAUUUGGAUUUCGAUUACGUAAUCGAGAGCUCAUUUACUGAAGUUAAUAAUGCGGAAGGGAGUCAAUUGACAGUUGAAGGAAACGAAGACAUUGAUAACUUAUAUUCACAUAAUACCAGAGAAUUUCUAAAUUUUCGUUCUCGCGCUUCCUCGAGAUAUUUCAGCUUAAAUACGAGAAAUGAGGGAAAUUUCCUAAAACGCGCCGAAAUAUUAAGUCACCCUUGGACGCUAGAAAAUUUCAAGGUUCUCGAGCUAAGACAAGAUCAAAGCGGAAACGAUUACAAGGCAUUAACCGUUACCUCAAAAUUAAAUAAACCAGUGGUUGAUAUUGCGUUCACGAUUUCAAAUAACAAAAGUGCCUCCUCGGAAGAAAGCCUUCUCUCAUGUGAUUACAAAAUUACAUGGAAAUCGAUACCAAACGGCUAUAUUUGGAGAAAAUGUGCAAGGAAAAAUGAGUCGGAUUACACAAGGAUAGCAUAUUUCUCAAAGCAAAGGAGAUGGAACUUUAAGUUUCAGUCAGUAGACGAGGAUAUAAAUUAUGGACAAUUGGAAUACAUUGGGAGUAUGUGGAAUUAUUAUGCAAGGGAAAUAAUUGUUUCCGAAUCUGCUCCAUUCCCUCCAAUCAUACCUGCUAUAUAUACUGCCUACUGUGAUUACUUGUACUAUCUUCGAAGGAAUUACGGAAGACAUCAAUGGGAUGGAAUGAAUGAUUUUGGAGCGUAG